CGCGACGCGCAGCACCGGCAAGGACCGCAGCCCGCCCAGCUCCCUCCUCCCAUCCCAAAAAACGCGUGGCAGCCAAAUCGCGCGCGCGCGGGCACACUCGACACCAGGUUCAGGAGGCACAUCGCGGAAUCGCUGCCGGCCCACCACAAACGAGGCAUGGCCGGCCGAGAUGCAGCGACGGGGGGCAAGGGGGCUGCCCUGGCGGGCGACGUCGCGAAAAUGGGGGCAGCGGAAAGCGACGGCGACGCCGCCCCGGACCGCGUGCUGGCCGCGCCCGCGCCGGACGACUUUUUGCCGCGCAACGUGCUCGCGUGCUUGCUCUACGACGGCGCGCUCGUGACGAAGGAGCACGUUCGCGCCGCGAAGCGCCUGGCCGCGACGAGCAAGGCUUGGGCGGCCGUCGACGACGCGUGGCGCGCGACGCUGCGCGCGGAAGUUGAGCAAGGCGGCUGGGGCCCGUUCCUGGACGAUGCGCGGUUCCGCGUCGCGUUCUGGAACGCCAACGUCGAGGACGCCAAGGCCUUCGCUUGCCACGAUCCGGUGCUCAUGAGCUGCGUCCUCAUGCGCGGCGUCACGGGCGGCCGCGCGCCCUUCGACGUGCUGGACGCGGCGGCGGCGACGUUCCUCGACGCGACUUCCGGCAACUACGGCGCGCACGCCAAGGUCGCGCGGAUGCUGAAAGGGCGGAACGCCGCGGCCAUGAACCGACAACGCGUGGCCAUGGGGGGCGCCGAGGCCUCGGGCGCGCGCGACCCCCUGCGGGAGGUGACCUUCGGGCCCGAGGGAGAAGUCGACGAGCGAGAGGCCUACCUCUCGCGCAACCCCCUGUGGCGGGCGGGCUACGGACGCCCGGAAGGCGAGUUCGAGCCCGAGGACAUCGACAAGCGGCUCCUCCGGCGCCAGGCGCUCAUGGACUCGGUCAACGAGUUCCACUGGACGCACCCCGGGCUCGCGCCGCGGAAGUGCCCCCUGCCGCCGCGGACCCUCGGGACCCUCCGCUUCUUCCUGCAGUGGUUUGAUAGUGCGACGUCGUGGCCCCUCGAGCGGUCGAACGUCCUCGAGACGCUCUGGUCCUUCAAGGACGCUCCAUUAAAUUUUGGCGCCUUACACCCGAUCGAAGCCGAGCGGUGGCGCGUUUUUCUGGACACGUUCCCCGCCGACGGCCACGAGGCGAUGCUCGCGUUCUACAAGGGCUUGAUGGAAGCGCUACGCGCGGGCGAGCCUCCGAACCCGGCGGACAUGAUGCCGCCGCCGGGGCUCGCCGAGUCGAUCUAUGAGGAGGAGCUCCUGUGCGAGGCGAAGGUCCGGUCCACCGUGCCGGGCGUCGUGCCCUUGUGGUACGGCCGGCCCAUGGUUGACGAAGAUCCGGAGAUCGCCGCCCAGGCCGCGCUCGCGGGCGAGAUGGUCGGCGCCGGCCAGUGCAGCCUCAUGUAGUUGUCCCAAAGUCCCCCCGACGGGCCCCGUUUGUGUACUGCUACUCCUAUUGAACGCAGUCCCCGCCUCGUGGCGGCUACUGCCCCGUUUUAGUGUGCUAACUACUAACUACU